AAUGAAGAAGAAGAAGAAAGACGCGUACAGAAGUCUGCAAACAUACAAUCACAAAAGUGAAGACAUGAAUGAUCCAAAAACACAUAGAGUGAAAAAUGAAGAUAACGAGGAACAAAGAGACCUGAUGGAAGUGAAAAAGGAAAGUCAAGAACUGAAUGACGUCGAUCAGAAACAUCAUCAGUUUCAUAAAUCUGAAAAUUACAUAUCUGGUGAAGAAUCUGUUAGUUGCUUACAGAUUGAAAAUAAUUUUUCACAAAGAAGAAAUGAAAGAACAAGAUACAAAAAUUAUUUCACAUGCCCACAGUGUGGAAAGAGUUUUGCAAUAAAACAAGGUCUACAGAAGCACCUGAGAAUUCACACUGGAGAGAAGCCUUUCACGUGCACACAGUGUGGAAAGUGUUUCUCAAAGAAAGGAGAUCUUAAGUGUCACAUGAGAAUUCACACUGGAGAGAAGCCUUUCACUUGCAAUCAGUGUGGAAAGAAUUUCGCAGCGAGAGGUAAUCUUCAUUAUCACAUGAUAAUUCACACUGGAGAGAAGCCUUUCACCUGCCCUCAGUGUGGAAAGAGUUUUGCACUAAAAGGAGUUCUUGAGAAGCACCUGAGAAUACACACUGGAGAGAAGCCUUUUACAUGCCCUCAGUGUGGAAAGAGUUUUACACAAAAAGAAAACCUUAAGAAGCACCAAAGAAUUCACACUGGAGAGAAGCCUUUCAAAUGCCUUCAAUGUGGAAAGAGUUUCACACAACAAGAAAACCUUACAAAGCACCUGAGAAUUCACACUGGAGAGAAGCCUUUCACGUGCCAUCAGUGUGGGAAAAAUUUCACAGAGAAAGGAAAUCUUGAUUGUCACAUGAGAAUUCACACUGGAGAGAAGCCUUUCAUAUGCCUUCGGUGUGGAAAGAGUUUUGCACGAAAAGGAGUUCUUGAGAAGCAUCUGAUUAUACACACUGAAGAGAAGCCUUUUACGUGCACACAGUGUGGAAAGAGUUUCUCAGCAGAAGGAAAUCUUAAGAGGCACCUAAGUGUUCACACUGGAGAGAAGCCUUUCACCUGCCCUCAAUGUGGAAAAAAUUUCGCAGAGAAAAGAAAUCUUCUUUAUCACAUAAGAAUUCACACCGGAGAGAAGCCUUUCACAUGCACCCAGUGUGGAAAGAGUUUCACACAACAAGAAAACCUUAAGAAGCACCUACGAGUUCACACUGGAGAGAAGCCUUUCACAUGCCUUCAAUGUGGAAGGAGUUUUGCACUAAAAGGAGUUCUUGAGAGGCACCUGAGAAUACACACUAAAGAGAAGCCUUUCACAUGCACCCAGUGUGGAAAGAGUUUCACACAAGAAGGAAACCUUAAGAAGCACCUCAGAAUUCACACUGGUGAGAAGCCUUUCACCUGCCUUCAAUGUGGAAAGAGUUUCACACAAAAAGGAAGCCUCAAACUUCACAUAAGAAUUCACACUGGAGAGAAGCCUUUUACCUGUCUUCAGUGUGGAAAGAGUUUUGCACUAAAAAGAGCUCUUGAGAGGCACACGAGAAUACACAAUAAAAAGAAGCCUUUCACAUGUCUUCAGUGUGGAAAGAGUUUUGCACUAAAAAGAGCUCUUGAGCGGCACAUGAGAAUACACAACAAAAAGACUUUCACAUGCACUCAGUGUGGAAAAAGUUUCACACACCAAGGAAACCUUAAGAAGCACGAAAGAAUUCACACUGGAGAGAAGCCUUUCACAUGCCUUCAGUGUGGAAAGAGUUUCACACAAAAAGGAAGCCUAAAAAAUCACAUAAGAAUUCACACUGGAGAGAAGCCUUUCAGAUGCACUCAGUGUGGAAAGAAUUUCACAGAGAAAGGACAUCUUCAGUGUCACAUAAGAAUUCACACUGGAGAGAAGCCUUUCACAUGCCCUCAGUGUGGCAAAAAAUUUGCAUUGGAAUCAUAUCUAAAGAUACACCUGAAUAUUCAUGCAAAUAUAAAGCCUUACCUGUGUUCUUUUUGUGGAAAGAGUUUUUCACAGCUAAAAUAUUUUAAAGAUCACAAGGUAACACAUACCGGUGUGAAAGCUCAUGUAUGCUCAGAAUGUGGUAAAGCCUUUAGCAGAGCUCAUGAAUUGAAAACGCACCAAAUAAUCCAUACUGGAGAAAAACCUUACGAGUGCUCACAUCAUGAAACGUUUCAAUGUCAGGACACCUGAAAACCCAUGAGAGAGUGCAUACUGGAGAGAAGCCACUGCACUUAAUGUGGUAAGAGUUUCACCCAAUCGAGUAAUCUACAGACUCAUCUUAAGCUUUGUCCAAAGUUGUCAUUGUGAGCCAAGUUCAUUUUCAGGGUAAACACUUUCAAGGAAAUGGUGUGAAAUUCAGAUUAACAUAAGAAUGAAAUUUCAUGAUCAGAAACAAUGGGACUCAUUUAUUAACUGUGCAUCUGUUGGAAUGCUCCUGUUAGCCCAGAAAAGGUUUGUCAGAUGGUUUUAGCAUGUUGUGUACUCGUAGCAGAGCAGCUCAUCUGCUGCGAUCAAUUGAAAGUUAGCCCUCAAUCCAAUUUUUUGAACUGCAGAAGGCCAGCCGGGCAGCUAGUACCCCCCAGAGAACCGGGUUGUGGACCAGCAGGGCGGGCCACCCCUCCACUUAGUCCAGAGAUGCAUGCAUUUAUCAGACCCAAAACCCAUUGGUGCCCACUUAACAGCUCUCUGGCCGCUUUGGUGACUCUAGAUAACCUUGGGACGAUCACGCGCCCUCCACGAUGGCCACAACUAAUUUGAAUGCCCUAUAAACUUUCUAUGGUACUUAAAGCUCCUACCAUCACGGUUCGGUUCUGGAUAGAGAGACCAUUUGAGCACUGUCUUUUGGACCUCAUGCACAGUCUUAACCUUUCUUAAUUGUGAUGGGGCACAGAUAAAUGCUCCAACACAAGCAGCAUUCGAAGCACUGCCUCAGUCCUUCGAGCAUCUAGUGGUACAUAUUGCAAAAUCAUUCAAAUUUUUUUUUUUUUUUUUGCUAUGCACAACUAUGCUGUUUUGUGUGAUGGUGGCAUGGUAUCUUUCUCUACACAUUUGCCACUGUACAGGUGCGGUGGUGCUGAAAACGAAUUCAUGUGUGCACACUAGUUUUUCCUGUGCAUAUAAGUGUUAGGGAUGUGCAUGGUAAAAAAGGUUUUUGAUAUUAGAGUAACUGUGAGGGUUCAUGAAUUUUCAGGACUACGGUAUAAAGAAUGUUUAUUGUGAUGGACAUAUGUCAAACAUGACUCAAAAUAGCAGGAUAUAAGGUGCACAGUGAGAUAUGAGCCUAAAUAGCACAACACAUUGAUCUUCAAAUGAUAAAAUCACUCACAUUAAAGUCAAACAAAAAUAAUCAAACUUUAACUGCCUGUAACAAUUAAGUGUCAAUCCUUAUAUGUCUUCUGCCCAGGCAAGUUCACAUAUUUGUGAGGCAGUGAAUGCCUGUGUUGUCUUAUGCAUGAAUUAACACUGUUACGGUUUAUUGGCCUCUUAAGGAUGCUUUGAUUUAAUAGAAAAACAAUGUAUUUCCUGUAUGUCUGUAUUUCCAUAGAAACAAGAAACAAUCACAUUCCUCCUUGUCCAUUGUAAUGUGCUGUUUCCUCACCUGCCAUCGCCUCUAUGCACGUCCUGAAUGGUGGCUCGUUAGAGCGCGUGUUCAUUAGCUUACAGUAUCGAAAAAAGACGUGCUUAGACGUUGUUAGCCCUACUGAACGCAUUUAAUUAACAGCAUUAACUUGUGUUAUAAUUGACCUGGCUUGUUGGUGUUUGACGAAAAUAGAGUGCUUCAACUGAAACUCCGCUCAUAAGCAUAAUGAAAUGUAUAUAUGCUUAUUUUGUUGUUAUUUGAGAUAUACACUAUAUGGCCAAAAGUUUGUGGACACCCCCUUCUAAUUAACAAAUCUGGUUACUCCAUUAAAUCCAGUAAAGAAAAAUCUUAAUGUUUCUUUAUGUAAUGGCUUGGGCUUUGUGUGCUUCCAAAUUUGUGGCAGCUGUUUGGGGAUAGCCCUUUUCUGUUCCAGCAUGACAAUGCCCCUGUGAACAAAGUGAGGUCCAUAAAGAAAUGGUUUACUGUGUCUGGCGUGGAAGAAAUUGACUGGCCUGCACAAAGCCCAGACCUGAACCCCACUGAUCACUUUUGGGGUGAACUGGAACAGCAUCUGUAAGUCAGGCCCCAUUAACCAACAUCAGUUCCUGACCUGACUGAUAGCCUUGUGUCUGAAUGAGAGCAAAUCCCUGCAGCCAUGUUACUACAUACAGUAUAGUGGAAAGCCUUCCCAAAAGAGUGGAAGCUGUUAUUAAAAGUUACAGAGGAUGGUGUGGAGUAGAUACACAUAUGUAUCAUACAUAUAUAUGGAUCAGUACAACAGUAUAUACACAUGUGGAUUGAUAGUUUAAGGGCAGUGUGCUUGGCUCUCGUGCAACAGGUCGCAGGUUCAAAUUUUGCUUUUCAUAACUUAUUGUUUGUUUGUCUGUUUGGAUACAUGUGGAAAGUAAAAUACAUCCAGCAAAUUCACAAAAAGCCAUUUUUGUGUUUUAAUGGUAAAAUCAUAGUCAGUACAGUCACAUAGCGCAGCACCAUUCAUGAUUACAUGAAUGAUGCAAUAGUUGAUUUUUAAAAGAUGUUUUCUGGUGAUUCAUUUGGACAGUUCAUAAAUAAACCAGUUAAAAAAAACAAAAACAGAUUCUCUUUAGCUCCUGCGUAAGUGAACUGCGUCUUCAUUCUUUUUUUAAUAAAAUUAUUUAAUUGCAGCUGUUUUUGAAUCAGUUAUAUACAAUUGUUGUGUUAUUGCUUUUAUUCUAUCUAUCUAUCUAUCUAUCUAUCAUAUAUAUAUAUAUAUAUAUAUAUACACACACAGUUGUGUUCAAAGUUUGCAUACCCUGGCAGAAAUUGUGAAAUUUUGGCAUUGGUUUUGAAAAUAUGACUGAUCAUGCAAAAAAACAAACAAAAAAAAAAACAGUCUUUUAUUUAAGGAUAGUGAUCAUAUGAAGCCAUUUAUUAUCACAUAGUUGUUUGGCUCUUUUUUAAAUCAUAAUGAUAACAGAAAUCACCCAAAUGGCCCUGAUCAAAAGUUUACAUACCCUUGAAUGUUUGGCCUUGUUACAGACACACAAGGUGACACACACAGGUUUAAAUGGCAAUUAAAAGUUCAUUUCCCACACCUGUGGCUUUUUAAAUUGCAAUUAGUGUCUGUGUAUAAAUAGUCAAUGACUUUGUUAGCUCUUACGUGGAUGCACUGAGCAGGCUAGAUACUGAGCCAUGGGGAGCAGAAAAGAAAUGUCAAAAGACCAGCGUAACAAGGUAAUGGAACUUUAUAAAGAUGGAAAAGGAUAUAAAAAGAUAUCCAAAGCCUUGAAAAUGCCAGUCAGUCCUGUUCAAUCACUUAUUAAGAAGUGGAAAAUACGGUGAUCUCUUGAUACCAAGCCAAGGUCAGGUAGUCCAAGAAAGAUUUCAGCCACAACUGCCAGAAGAAUUGUUCAGGAUAGAAAGAAAAACCCACAGGUAACCUCAGGAGAAAUACAGGCUGCUCUGGAAAAAGAUGGUGUGGUUGUUUCAAGGAGCACAAUAUGACGAUACUUGAACAAAAAUGAGCUGCAUGGUCAAGUUGCCAGAAAGAAGCCUUUACUGCGCCAAUGCUACAAAAAAUCCCGGUUACAGUAUACCUGACAACACCUUGACAUGCCUCACAGCUUCUGGCACACUGUAAUUUGGAGUGACGAGACCAUAAUAGAGCUUUAUGGUCACAACCAUAAGUGCUAUGUUUGGAGAGGGGUCAACAAGGCCUAUAGUGAAGGGAAUACCAUCCCUACUGUGAAGCAUGGCGGUGGCUCACUGAUGUUUUUGUGGGGGGUGAGCUCUAAAGGCACGGGGAAUCUUGUGAAAAUUGAUGGCAAGAUGAAUGCAGCAUGUUAUCAGAAAAUACUGGCAGAAAAUUUGCAUUCUUCUGCAUGAAAGCUACGCAUGGGAUGCCUUGGACUUUCCAGCACGACAAUGACCCUAAGCACAAGGCCAAGUUAACCCUCCAGUGGUUACAGCAGAAAAAGGUGAAGGUUCUGGAGUGGCCAUCACAGUCUCCUGACCUUAAUAUCAUCGAGCCACUCUGGGAAGAUCUCAAAUGUGCGGUUCAUGCAAGACGACCAAAGACUUUGCAUGACCUGGAGGCAUUUUGCCAAGACGAAUGGGCAGCUAUACCACCUGCAAGAAUUUGGGGCCUCAUAGACAACUAUUACAAAAGACUGCAUGCUGUCAUUGAUUUUAAAGGGGCAAUACACAGUAUUAAGAACUAAGGGUAUGCAGACUUUUGAACAGGGGUCAUUUCUUUUUUUUCCUUUGUUGCCAUGUUUUGUUUUAUGAUUGUGCCAUUCUGUUAUAACCUACAGUUGAAUAUGAAUCCCAUAAGAAAUAAAAGAAAUGUGUUUUGCCUGCUCACUCUUGUUUUCUUUAAAAAUGGUAAUUCUCCAAGGGUAUGCAAACUUUUGAGCACAACUGUGUGUAUAUAUAUAUAUAUAUAUAUAUAUAUAUAUAUAUACACAGGGUUGGGGGUUACUUCUGAAAUGUAUUCCACAACAGAUUACAGAAUACAUGCUGUAAAAUGUAAUUUGUAACUUACUUCAAACUUACUUCUCUGUCUGCUUGUAUGAAUGUAACACAUCAUAAGAAAGUGUUUCACCGCUGUUUAAAUGCACUUUGGAUCGCAUCAUUUAUAUGUAUAAAUGUUUUCCAUCUGAAAGGACUAAAUAAUAAAUUAAACAAAUGACAAUAAAAUGCAAAGUAAUCUCUUCAGUAAUCAAAAUACUUUUUGAAUGUAACUGUAUUCUAAUUACCAAUGAUUUAAAUUGUAACUGUAGUGGAAUACAGUUACUUAUAUUUUGUAUUUUAAAUACGUAAUCCUGUUACAUGUAUUUCGUUACUCCCCAACCCUGUCUAUAUCUAGCUAUAUAAAUAUAAUAUAUAUAUAUAUAGAUAGAUAGAUAGAUAGAUCUAUACCAGGGGUCUGUUGAAUGCUUGAUCCUGAUUGGUUCACGGACGUUCUAAGGUGUGCAAUUAUUUUUCAAGGAAACGCAUGGCUAUAAAGUAGAUCCAGGUCUUGACCGCAUAACGGUUCCGUAUCACUUCGCCAACUUAUUUCAGUUAUUUCAAAGAGCCCUACAGGCUACCACAACAAAAUAACCAAUUAAAGAGCACCUAUUAUGGUUUUUAAACAUGCCUAAUUUUGUUUUAAAGGUCUCAUAUGACAGAUUUACAUGCAUCCAAGGUCAAAAAACACUUUAAUUUGCUCAUAAUUUAAAUUGCAGCAUUACCUUUUUCCCAGUGUCAAAAACGACUCGUUCAAUGAUCCAUUUUAUAGGAUUCAUUCUAAACAACUCCUUUCAGAGAGCCUACUCUGCUCUGAUUGGUCAGAUGUCCCAGUCUGUUGCAAUUGGUGUACCGCUUAGUUUAGUGUUUGAGGGCGGGUCAAAGCUGUUCGCGAGCAGCCAAUGAAGACCAGAGGCGGGUUUUUUGUUACCAAAUUACAUAGGUUAGUACAGGAAGUAAGUCUGGAAUUACUAACGACUCGUUUCAGGUGUUCAGAAUCAGUUCUUUCUUUUGGGAGUCAAUAACUCCAUUUGUCGUGCACUUUGAUUUUUGAAACUUUGCAGACUAUUUUACAUUCACAAACAGCUAUAUAACACACUACAUGAAAGGUAAUAUUUGAAAAACCAUAAUAGGUGCUCUUUAAAACAAAGACAUUGGUUAAAGUAAAUCGGUUAAGAACGUCAAAACAAUAUCUAAUAUAUCCUACAUUGAUGUCAGUUUCAGCUAAAAAGAGCCCUCAUGCUCCCUCGUCUCCCCCGCACUUACGCUCGCACACAAACACAUUUGCACGCUCGCACACGCACACACACACACACACAUGCACGCUUGCACUAGCACACACACGCUUGCACGCACACACACACACAUACUACCUUUUUACUCCUAUGCCGUAAAGCAGCGCAUCCUCCGUUGCUAGUUCUAACUAUUGUCUAAUUGUUGCUAGUUCGAAUUAGCAACGAAGACUUGAGCUCUAUCAAAGCUAGAUACACUUGAUCAGUACAACAGUUUUUAUAUUAUCUGAAAUAUCUGUGAGAAACACCCUUGCGAUCCCCCCCAUCUCUCUCUCUCUCUCUCUCUCUCUCACACACACACACACACACACACUCAUGGACACACAGGUAUACACGUAACGCACACACUUAAGGACCAAACAGAAUCAUGAGAGAAAAACAGAAUCGUCAUGUCAGCGCACUCCAUCUCAGUGGGGAUGAAAAAAAAAGUUAUUAAGGUUUACAACGGGAAUAUGGUGACACGCAUCUUGGCGAUUUUGAAGCAGUGUUACUUCUGACGAGAGCUGCCACAAAAAAAGGUAAUCCCAGAAGCGAGAUAUCAAAUUUUCUGAGUUUCUCUCAUUCGAUCCCUCAAAUACAAACUCACAAAGGCACACACGCACUAAUUUGUUACUCCAGUAAAUCCAGGUAAAGCAGCGCGAGCCUCCGUUGCUAGUUCUAAUGUGAUGUUUUCGAAUUGGCAACGAAGGCUUAAACUGUAUUAAAGUAAGACUCUGAAUCUGUGGCAGAAGAAAGUAGUUCCUCUCAUAAGAGCGUUUUAGGGACAAAAACCAGAAAAUGUUUUGAGAUAAAACCCUGAACGAUGUCUUAAGGUGUGGUAACCGUGGUAUAAACUGAAUAAUUGACUCCGGCCUGUUAAAUUGUUUAAAAAUAAUGCACCCGUUGUGUGUGCAUUCUUUUUCAACAAUUCAAC